AAGUAACUAAAAGAUGCCUUCCCAAAAGUCUUUCAAGACCAAGCAAAAGUUAGCUAAGGCCAGCAACCAAAACAGACCAUUGCCACAAUGGAUCAGACUUAGAACUGACAACAAGAUCAGAUACAACGCUAAGAGAAGACACUGGAGAAGAACUAAGUUGGGAAUCUAAGCAGCUACACAAGUUAUUGGUUUAUAUAUUACGCUGGAUCUGUCUAUUUUAGAAGAUUUUUAUAAUUUUUAGCAUGCUUAAUUGAUAAGUUUCUGUAUAA